AUGAUUCGUACUUUGGCUCUCGCGGCGUUGAGCUUGGCCCAGGUAUGGGCCGCAGGCCAUGGCGGGCACGAGCACCUAGCAGUGGUCCGGGUGUUCUCCACUGACGAGGAGGUGAUGCUGCUGAAGGAGAGUGGCGAGAAGUGGGACGACGAAGAGCCCUGCGAGAUGAAGUCGAACAUGAGCGCCAUCGACCUCAUCCUCGUCUACAGCAAGGACCUGUCGAUGAACGCCAUGGCCAACAAGGUCGUCAUGGAACUCGUGGACGGCUUCAAGAUCAAGAUGGACAUGGAGAUGUACAACAUGACAAACGUCACCAACCCCAACGCCACCAUGUACGACUGGAUGAAGUGCUUCUCGGACAUCAAGUACAUGUCCGCCAACCUGAACCCCGAGCAAGAUGUCUACGACAGCAACGGGUACACCACGAACAAGCACUGGGUCUCCGGCCCGAACCAUGUCUUCAAGAGCGUCAUGGAUGCCAUGUUCACCGGCGCCUACAUGGACAUGUACGACUCCUUCUUCCUGAUGGAGAUGGAUGCCGUCCCCAUCAAGGACUACUGGCUCGACCAGUUCGAGAAGGAGGCCCAUGAGGUGGCUGACAACAACGUCGCGAUUCGUGGCAGCCAAUACCUGGGUGACAAGUGGGAUCUCUUCAAGCACAUGAUGCCCGCCUACUUGGUCGAUCACAUCAACGGCAACGCCAUCUACAACUUGAAGAACAGCUGGACCCAGUACUUGUACAAUACCUUCACGAGCAGCGAUAUGGCAAUGAGCAUGAUGGAGGAUCACGCCUUCGACGUGGCAUUCGCCAUGAUCACCAUGCAAGCCAUGGAUGGCGUGGAGCCGUUCGCGUCAGCCUGGACGGGCGAUGCAACGACCUACGACACGAACACGAUGCUGGUGGGCAACUACGCCAACACCCUCCUGAACGAAAGCUACGAGUUCGGGAGCUACAUCCGCCACGGCUCGAGCAAGAACAUCUUCGAGAACUUGGACGACGAUGAGGUCACCUUGGGUGUGGCGUGGUACGACUACCAGGGACACUUCAUGGAGACGGUGCCAACGCACCACCCCUUCAAGAAGAUCCUGGGCAUCGCCUACUUUGACCAGAUGACUACUGAGGAGACCAUUGUCGCGCCAGGGGGCAACGUCACCUUGAAGAAGCAGAAGGCCACCCAGCAGCCGUACAUGCACCUCUGUGAGAUCGCCGGGCUUGUGGACACCGACUGGUUUGCGCUCACAGACAACUACCACAUCGUCAAGGCGCCCGUGAGCGUGCUGAUGGAUGAUGACGACAAGCCGGUGCUGCCCUACGUCCUGAAGGACUCCAAGUACUGCGGUGAGCGUCCCAACUGCAAGGCUUCCAUGGAGCAGGCGGAGGACUUGUUCGGCAUUGCCUUGAACUACCACCACGACAAGUACGAGGUGCUGUACAAGACGGACGAUGCCAAGAUGUUCUGCACGGAUUGGAUGACUGCCGCUGCGGGCAGGCCUUGGGGUGCCUUGGCCCGCACUCGUGGGAACUACAUCUCUGCAUGUGCGAUGUUUGUUGCUAUGCUGGCUGGACCUUGUCUGGUGUUGAGCAAGGAUGACUACAUUGCUUGGAAGAUCAGCAAGAUUGGGGACAAGAUUGCAGAUGAGUUUACCCCGAAGGACAAGGCAGGUUUUCCCAACGUUCAGCUGCCAAAGGGUGGCAACCUGACGCGCUACGGCUGGAGAGCCUGGACCAGCCUGUGGAACCCAGCGCCGGUGGACAACCGCAAUUGCGACACCAACCUCUACGGCGUGAAGGAAUACCUGGAGACGCUCGGCAACAUCUCCUCCUGCGCUGUGAACUAUGCUGCUUGGCUGCAGCCUUUGAGGCAGGCGCCUGUGCCCUAA